AGAACAUACAUUAUUUUUGAGCUAAAACAUCCCCUAAUAUUUGCACUCUGCUGGAUUAAUAUAUUUUCACUCUCGUUGUUCUGUUACCGGCUUACGCCGAAGAGCUCGUUUUAUCUUGGGGAAAGAUUUUCGCUAGUCGGAAAUACUUUCUUGAGGACAGCGUCUGACGCGUCUCGAGCUACAUUAUUUUCUAACGUUAUUUUUGCAGGUAUAUCCGGCCGAAUUUCCUCCAACAAUCUCAAGAAAGUAUUUGGCGUCGGAUAUGUCUGCACGUGUGAUCUCACAAGGCGUUGUCGCUGCACUCAUCACGGCCAUGUUAUUUUUGCAUGUGUGGUGUGAUUUAGACUGCCUGACAAAGUGGAAAUGGAAUUAUGGAAUAUGACUUUGGGAAUACAAAGGACAUAAAAAGACCAAUGGGCAGGGAAGAGGGAUAUGAAGCAGCGUUCAUGAUUUGGGGCUUGGCAAAAUGCAGAGUUAGAAUACGAAAGAAAAAGGAAGGGGUCCGACAACUAUAUACGGAGUACUACGUAUAUAUAUACUCGAAGUCCCCAACCUGAAAUAAGACUCAGCUAGUCAGUUGUGCACAGUGCAUUGAACUGCCAGAUUACUUUCCGCCGGAAGGGGGAAAGCCGCCGUUGGCUGCCGGCUAGAUCGCUGUCGUAGCUCGCCGGAGUCGCCACCAGAAGGAAUAGCCCCUACAUUCGGCUGGAUCAACUGCCUCGAACAAGCCAAGGUACGGCCCACAGAGCAUUUGGCUCGGCUUUCCUUCCCUUGUUUACCCGUUCUGACUAUUUUUUUUCUCUGUCGUUGUAUAUUUCCACAAAGAUUUCAUGGAUGCCAAGCGGGAUAUGAAGGGCCUUGCCGGUGAUAUGGAGGAGGCCAAGGCGCUGCUCAAUGCAGUCCGAAAGAUGUUUUCGGACCUCGAGGCCAAGGCGACCAAGGGUGAGAAGGUCAUGCAAGAGCUGGCUGAGGUGAAUGAGCGGCUGGGAUGCCGAGACAAUGAGAUUCGGGCCCUUCGUGCCAAGGUGAAAGCAGCCGAGGAAGUCGGGGUGUCUUUCAAAAAGAGAAAGGAGGACAACCCCUCGGCCCCGUUCAUUGCUGAUGUUUCGAGCAUUAAGAAACAGGGCUCGAUCGAUUUCCAACGCUCGGCCGGAAUGAAGGCAGCCCUCAAAAAUACCUCUCAGAAGUUCCUGUCGGAGUACAUAGGCGUGUUCUUGCUGUUGGAAUAAAGGAGUUUAUGAGUAUUGUAUUUAGGUGAUUGUGUGUGGAAGAGAGAAUUUUAGAGAGAGAUGAUUUUGGAAGAACUUGAAACUUUUAUUGAUUUGGA